CUUUUUUCCCGCUUUUCCUUCUCGCUCCCACGCUUUUCUCAACAAAAAAAACAAACAAGUUUUUUUUUACUUGAUUGUGCCUUUCAUUUCACCAGUCAGGCUAGAAUCAUCGGGGGAGCUCAUCCAACUUCGCCCGACAUUUUCAGCACGCUUGAGAUCGGCUGAAAAACACUGGUCGCAUAUUUCGAUCUGCUCCAAAAGCGCAAAGCAGUCUCGACGGCACCAAUUGGCCAAACACCAAAUCAAAACAUUCCAAGUCACCCCAAUAUAUUUGCAGCAUGGUCUUGUACAAACGCAAGCAGGUCACCUAUGUGCGUCCGCCACCUGUGCCCACCGAUCUUGGCACGGAAAUCUAUAUAAUACCACAGACAAAGGAAUGGUUCUUUAAUUACGAGGAGUACCUUGCCCGGAUGGACUACUACCGCCGGCGCAAGUUUGUGUGUGAAAUUACAGGGAACUCCUGCCUCACUUACUACGAGGCAUUUGACUCCGAAGCCAAGGAGAUCCGGGACCUCGAAACCAACUUUCCCGAGGCCUUGCGCGAGCAUAUCUUGAAGUUUCUCCAGUUCAACCGCAUCUCUAGAUUGGAUCUCUUGGUCGACAAAGUGUACCUGGUUUUCAAAAACGAGUAUUUUCCCGGCGAGGAGGUCUAUGUCAAGAAGCUCGUGUCGCCGUCGGCAGAAAAACAAGCGGCUGUGGCCAGAAACAACGACGGCGCCGCGCCCUUAAAACCGUAUAUUUCCUCGGUCAAACAGCGAGGCGUUAUUCGGGAAAAAGUCCAGUAUAGCAAUCCGUCCGAUACCAAGUAUCUCGUGUCCACAGUGGGGGACAAUGCGCAAAUCAUCGCGACCAACCAGCAGAUCACAAGAGACAGGAACCAUUUCACCAAGUGGCUUGUCAAGACGUAUGUCAAGCUCACAGUCACACGGUCCCAUAAAGUGGGCGCCCCUUGGGUGGUCAAGGAGAAGUACGCAGAAAAGUACCACAUUCCCAAGGACUUCCCGGAGGACUUGAAGCAGUUUGAGUCCAUCACGCCUUCCGGCGAGAUUUUGUACGAGGGAGAUGACCGGUUAGAUUUCCUGUCGCCUGCUCCAGAGACAGAUGCACCCAAACAGAAAAAGCCUCGUGGCAGAGCGGCGCUCAAAAAGAAGGCGGCACUCAACGCUGCCAACGCCGCUGGCGCCUCACUGGUCGACGGAGCCUUUGCAUUAGAAGGGACGAAAAACAAGGAGAAAGGUGAUGCCCGCCAUCGGUUCCCUGUGCACCACUUGCCUGCCCUGAUACGAGAGGUGCUUGACAAGAACGACCAGGCCACCACAUCCUCGUUCCAGCCGCUGAGAAAAACCAUCAUUGAGGACUUGCACUUGUCGUUUGACUUGCAGAACUGCCGACCGGAGCCCUCCGCUCUGAGGCUUCCUGCCAACGCCCGAGCACUCAAUGCACAGGUAGUGGAGCACUUGGAGGACGAGAUUAAGGAUUUGCGGAACGGCGAAUCCGAGGAAAGCUCACAGGUCAUUGCACAAAAAGAGGCCGAGAUCAAGGAACUCAGAAAGGACUCACUUAACUCGGUCCAGGAGGCCUUGGAGUGCUGGACCUUUCUCAACAUCUACCACUCCGUACUCAAGAUAGACACUUUCACCUUCGAUGAUUUCGUGUGUGCAAUGGGCUGGAACGAUACGCAACUCAAAAGCUUUGGCAGGUGCGAGCUCUUGGACGAAAUCUGGUGCGCCGUUCUCGGCCUUGUGGUCUCCAACGAACCUGCGUCGACUAAAAGCUCAGACGAUACCAAGAUCUCGGGGCUACAGAUCACGUUGCCGCCCGACGUAAAGCUUUUUACGAAAAGCGGUAGUUCUAAAAACGAAGAGAAUGACGACGCAAUGAAAGGGUCUGAUAGCGAACAUGAGCCCAGACCACUUAAGAUAGAGGAUGACGUUUCCGAAAAUGAGUCAUCCUCUCCCUCUCCCCAUAAAAGCAGAAAGAACGGCAAAUCACCUGAGACUGUCGCUGGCCAAAAAAGUUCCAUAGACGCCGAUGACGAGGCCGAGCCAUCCGAAGAUGAUGCUGACACAGAAGGAGACAACGAAUCGCACACGCAUGGACACAAUGCAUACUCUGUCGUUAAUCAUAGGGGUGUCAAAUGGCAUGAAAAGCUUCGCAAGCGGAAUUUCAAGGACGGCAACUGGCUCACUAUCGUCAUGGGCGUUCUCUCACUUGUCGAAUAUGUGCCGGAGUAUUCUGACACAAUUCAAAGAGUGUAUCAAACGCUUGCUCCUUCUCUGAUCACGCCCGCGACUCCUUCAACUGUACUUUCACAAUUCUACACAUGCAUGGGAAUCGACCUCCGUUUGAAGGUCCUCCAUAUACUAACCUCGCUUGUUGUCAACGGGAACUCUGUGAGAAAUUACAUUGACGAGUCGCUUGAUGCGUCUGCAAAUUUGAGACGCAACAGGCUUGACAUCCUACGGGACUGGAAAGCCCAUGUCGAAACUGCCAAUAAAUUACACGUCGAGGUUUUCAACAGAUUGAUGGACGCAGUGAGCACAACUUCAGACACAAAGCUUUGGUCUUCAUUUUCUCGAAAGAAGCAUAGACUCAACACAAAAGGAUACGAGAUGACCGGAUAUGUGCAAGCACUUGCUGAUGCAGAUCCAUCCUUCAAAGAGCUAUGGGAUGCACGAGAAGCAGCUCUUUCUAAGAUAAGAGAAUCUAAGGCACAGAAGAAAGAUGUGGAAAUGCAACUUUCGCAAUUGGACUGUCAGAGGGUUAGACUUCUUGGAAAAGAUAGACACUUUAACAGAUAUUGGUGGUUUGAAAACAACGGCUUACCCAAUAUACAUUAUUCGGGAGACGGGGAUGAGGAUGAAGAACAGCAAGAGCCGGAAAGUGACGAGGAAGUUGAUGACAAAGAUGAUUUUCAAACCGAAACCUACCUCAUGGGCUGCCUUUGGAUUCAAGGACCUACUGGAAUGGACUCCCUUUCGCAUCUCAAGCUAACAAAAGAGGAAGUGGAUAGCAUGAUUGGCGCCAUGGAGGAUACAAAUUCUGUUCAAACAGUUAAGUUGGAAAAUGAAGAUUCUCCUGAUGCCGAAACAACGGAAAAGCAAAAUAACGAUGCGGUCAAUGGUGCCCAGCCUCUUAAGGAAAUGGAUUUUUCACAUGUGCCAGGCCCAGUUGUUUCUGAAGCAGCGAAUAAGGGAAUCAACUACCGUCAUAACUCGAUUGAAUCCCACGAUUCUUCAAAGAUUAUCGACAAGUAUGGAGGGUUGCCCAAGGACUACGAUGUGAUGACACUUUCGGCAGUUCAACGCAAGUUUAUCGAAGAACGAGCAGUCCCCCUUUUUUCGGGAAAACAGUGGAGGUUUUUUGAUCAUGCCGAAGACGUGGAUAGCUUGAUAAAGUGGCUUAAUCCGUGGGGCAAACGAGAGUCACUUUUGCGCAAAGAAUUUUUGCGUGUGAGAGAAGGAAUGACUGCUAGUAUCACAGCUCGCAGAAAAGCGCUCUGGCUCGACAAACUACCCAAAGAAGAGACGGAGCUUGAAGGUCAAAUCGAAGCCGUGGAGGCCAGGAUUCAAAAAUGCAGAAGCGGUGUCGUUGAUGAAUUGGAGCCUGAGGAAAGCGGAGAUGACAUCACCCCUAGAAAAAGACCCAAUAGACGGGGUGCUGGUGGUGCCAACAAGAGACAAAAAACAGCGGCUGAAACCAUCAAGACCGGAACUCUUGACGAGCUCGAACAGUUGCAGAUUGAAUUGAAAGAAACCAUGGCUGCAAGGUUGGAGCAAAACCCCAUUGCAAGAGUGACGGAGUGGGUAAACCGCACCGCCCGAGACGAAUUUGAGAAGCCAUUAUAUGAGGGUGGAGACAAGGCCAAGCCGCGGGCAAGAAAAAGCAAGAAGUAGUGACGUUAAGAUUAUACAUAGUUACAUAUAUGUGAAGAUCUGAGCAGGGUUCGUCAUCCGCCUUUGGAUUAACAGGCCACCUGUGCAAGUCACGCAGCACGGUACCGUUUAGCUCCGUCAUAGUCGUGACUGUUUCCGGUGCGUUUGCCCGAAUGACGUCUCGACCGGUCCAAA